UUUCCCAUCAGCCCCCAGCUCUGUGAUGCUAAUCUUCAAUGGCGGAGUUCAUGUUGGCUGAGCCCGCGCGAUGAUCCAAACUUCAUUGUUAACUUAUCUUUUAGUAGGCCUACCUGUCCAGAAAUAGACAUUUGUUGGUAAAGACAGAUUCAGAGCAGUACCCCAAGAACAUGUCUACACGAAAUAAACGAAAACGCACAUCAGAUGCAACAGAGGUUGAAUUGAAGAAAGUAAAAGAAGAGCCCAUUGAAGAAGGCUCUUCAGCAGAUGAAAGCUUUCAGUUUGAAUCAAAUUUAUUAACAAGACCUGCAAGAAAUCGCCGCAAGUCUGUAAAACUAUUAGAUCCGUCCAACAAAAAGGAAGCUGAAUUGCCAACUGGAGAAGUUGGUACCACAGAAACUGCAACACAGUUAAGCAGCACAAAAAAGAAACGCAGUAAAGGCGGAAGUGAUGGUAAUUCUACAGGACAGGAUAGUUCCUCAGACAGGGAACGCAUGCCACCAAAAAUUAGAAUUAAACCCAUCCUACAAUGCCCAGAAAGUCAGAUGACCAUUGCUAAAAGAGCUUCUAAAAAGAUGCACAAACCUCAUCCAAUUAGUGAUACAUCUCCAGACCGCAGUGUGACAAUUAAGAAGGAUCCUGAAAGUGGCAUCAGAUUAAAACUGAUUUUAUCACCAAAACAUUCAGAAAAACCCAGCUGUGACUUUCCAGAUGAAGUAGUUAGCUCUUCUUCUAAACACAAACAUGGAAAGAAAAAGAAAGAGCCAAUUAAAACGACAAUAGUUCGGCAUGAUGGUGAACUAUCUAUUAGUGAAUUUUCAGGACAAGAAUUGGACUCACCUCCAGCAAGGAAGAAAAAGAAACAUGCAGACUUAGAUUUUGAUUCACAACAGAUUCAGGAAUUGAAUAAAGUCAACUAUGAACUCAUCUCUGAUCCUGCGGAGAAAGGUAAAGGUAAAAAGUCUAAAUCAUCCGCAACAACCAGCACAGAUGAUAAGUCAAGGCUGUCAUUUGGUUGUAACUUACAAAAGAAAACAGCAGAACAGAACACUAAAGACCACAAACACUCAUCCAGCAGUCACAAAAAGAAGAAAAAGAAAAGCAAGGAAAAAAGUGCAAAGUUACCAACACCCCCUGAACCCAUUGAACUAACCAUUGAUGAAUCAAUUUUAAAAGACAUUGAUAUGCCAUUGGAUCUAGCAAAUCCACCUGAACCAGAAAUUCCCAAAGAAGUGAAAAGUAAGAGCCAUAACAAAUUGAGAAAACUUGAAAAACUCCGAAGGAAGAAAGAAAAGGAAAGACGUGAAAGACACAGAGAGAAGAAACGCCACAAACACAAUAAGCCAAAAAGACCAAAAUUCAAAAGCACCGGUAUUAAAACAUCUGGAGGAGUCAAAAUAAAAUCGAAGUUGUAUGGACCGCCACCCAAUUUGAUGUUGCCCGAAUGUAUCAAAGGAGGGCAAAGUGACUUGCCAAGACCUAGUACUAGUAGUAUCAAUACUGGAAGUAAAAUUAUGAAUGAAACUGAAGUGAAAAAAGAACUGAAGAAAAUUCAAGCCAAAGCAAAAAAAAGCUUGUCGCCAAAAGGGGAUCCAAAGGGUAAAGAAAAGGUUAAGAAGCCACUGUCAGCCUAUCAAAUGUGGUGUAAGCAUUAUAGAAAACAACUUAUGAUUGACAACCCAAAAAUAGAUCCAGCUGACUUUGGGACCAUCAGUCAGAUGCUUGGAGCCCUCUGGCAACAGCUAUCUGACAAAGACAAAGUAGAAUGGCACCGUCUGGCAGGCACACAGUUGAGCCAACGUCGUAGAAGCGCUGCGGCUGCAGCUGCUAAGCAGAAUAAGCUAAACAGAUUGAGUGGUGCAUGUAAAUCCAAAACCAACAUCAGAAUCAAUCCACCAAACACAGAAUCAGUUGAUGUAGCUGCGCAUCUUCUCCUAUUGGGAGAAUCUCUUAGUAAUGUUGGACAGAAAUUACAAGAACACCAGAAUACCCAGAUGGAAGUCCAAGGCAGUUUAUCAGUUCUGUUAGAUUCCACAAUAUGUGCUCUGGGCCCGCUUCUCUGCCUCACUUCCCAAGUACCUGAGCUGCAUGGAUGCAGGAAGGAUACCCAUGUAAGUCCAUGUCUUGUAUGCAAUAAUUACUAUUCAUCAUUUACAUUAAAAAUCAUGAAUUAUCAAAAUUAAUAGUACAUAAAAGGU